CGAUGGUAGCGGCGGCGGGCGAGGAUGACGAACAGUCCCGCCGGAGCAGAGGACGCGAGCGGCAGCAGCACUGCGGUGUCCAAUUCCAGUUCUUCCUCCAAUCGAUCGGGAGAGCUUCGCGAUCGCCCAAAGCCAGGUGAGUCCCAGGCGGAGCUACGAGCUCGAGACGACGAAGUGGAACACGAUCGCGAGGAAGAAGAAGAAGAAGAAGAAGAAGAUCCACAAGGCAAUGCCCAAGUAAGAGCUGAUCAUCCAGGCCUCGACGAUCAUCCGGGAACCUCGGGUGGAUCAAGAACCAAGCCUCCUCCUCCUCCUCCUCCUCCUCCUCCAGCCAGCAGCAAAACAGCUUCCACCACCCUCGACCGCGAUCGCGAUUGCGACGAUGGAGACGACGAGGACGACGAGGGCGACGAUCGCGACCAAGCCGCCGGGAGCUUCGACUGCAACAUCUGCCUGGAGCUCGCGCAAGAUCCCGUCGUCACCCUCUGCGGCCACCUCUUCUGCUGGCCCUGCCUCUACAAGUGGACGCAGCUGCGAUCCAUCUGCAAGGAGUGCCCGGUUUGCAAGGCCCCCGUCCACGAGGACAAAGUCAUCCCCCUCUAUGGCCGAGGCUGCGUGGAGUCCUCCUCCGACCACCGCGACCCCGCCACCAGCUCGGUGCCCGAGAUGGAGAUCCCAUCUCGGCCCCCCGGCCAGAGGUCGGGCUCCUCCUCGGACCCCCACCACCAGGCCAGCCUCGCGGCCUGGCACCACCACGCCCGCCGCCUCUACGAUCCAUACGGCAUUGGUUUCGUGGCUGGAGCUGCCGCGGGGCCGGGAGCGUCGGCGCGAUUCGGCAACGUGACUUUCUCCGCGGGAUUUGGAUUAUUUCCAUCGCUCUUCCGGCUCCAGUUCCAUGGCUUCCCCGACGCGCCGCCACCCGGGCCGGCCAUGCUGCCGUAUGGGAGCUUGCACACGCCGCCGCCGCCGCCGGCCAGUCACCACCACCACCACCACCACCUGAGGCCCCUGCCGCCGCCGCUCCGCCCGGACCAGCAGGAAACGCUGCUCUCCCGGCUGCUCUUGUUCGUCGGCGGUGUCAUGAUCCUGUGCUUCCUCUACUUCUAAAGAGAUCUCGCGUUUCUCUA